AUGAAAGGAAGGGGAAAAAACAAAACCCGCGUCAUGGAUAAAAACCCAAGAGACCAGCAUAUCAACGUGUUUGAAAUGCGUCAGAUGACAUCGAUACCUCGGAUGAGGCAAAUCGUCCCUGGUCUAUUUCUCGGAAAUGUCCUAGCAACAUGCACACCCGAAAUGCUCCAAACUAACCGAACUAACGCAAUCCUCUCUUUGUGCAACGACUCCUGGAGUUGGUGGUCCACCCGCACUAGAGAGGCCGGCAUCCCAGAGAGCCGACACCGAUGGGUCGAGUGUCAUGACUCUGCAACGCAAGAUUUCCUAGCCGAAAUGACUACAAUCUGCAACUUUAUCGACCGCAUGGCCUCGCCUGCUCUUGCUGCUCUUUCCGCUCUCCCAACUGAAGCCGAGAAUGAUGUUGCUGCCAAAAAUACAAGUAAAAAACCCACAACAAAAACAGCUGGUCGCAUUCACUGGUCAUCACGGGGCGCCCUCCGAGUGCGCUUGCAUCAUCAAAAACAAAAGGUUGAGCCAGAGGCGAUACUAGUUCAUUGCUAUGCCGGAGUGUCACGUUCACCGACGAUUAUCAUCGCUUAUUUGAUGCGCAAGCUUAAGUUGCCGUGGCAAGAUGUGUUGAAGUAUGUUCGGACCAAGCAGAAGGUCUGGCCGCGGGAGAAUAUGCAGCGGCAACUUGAAAUCUGGGGAGCAUUGGAAUAUCAGGUAUGGGAGGAUGAAAGCAAGAAAGUCCCGAAACCAAUGUACAAGGCCUAUUUGAAAGAUCGAGAUCUGCUUUUGAAGGCACCUUGUGAGCGGGCCCAGCAAAAAUUGAUCAAGGAGCUCUACCCAGAAUGUAUUGUUUGGAGUUGA